AGCGAGCUUCGAAAUUUUACGAGGAUUUGAAGGUCUUCUUCAUUCGUUGACAACCGCCUUAUCCAAUCGUGAUUAGCAGAUUGGCAGAACUUGAAAAGAGGGACGUUAGUGAAGAUGUUUCCCAAAUUUGAGUGUAUAGCCGGGAUUACAAUAAUUUUGAUCGUUUCGGUUUCCACAGCAGCUCUCAAUGCCUUCACAGUUUUUGUUUUCAUAAAACAUCGUAAUCCUCGCAACCGCAGCGCCUACCUGAUCAUAAAUCUGGCUGUUGCUGAUAUGUUAGUGGGAGGUUUUUGUUUAUUUGAUCUGUCCUAUUUCUACGGACAGAUAUGUGAUAUUUGGAACUUUGAUUCAUACAGAUUUAAUUACCUAAGGUCAGCUUUCGUCCUCCUUUUUCUGAGUUGUUCCUUAACAAAUAUGACUGUCAUUUCUUUGGAGCGGUUGCAUGCAACAUUUUGGCCAUUCAGACAUCGCGUUAUGAAAAAGUGGAUUUACAAAGCAAUGAUUGCUGUUUCUUGGAUUAGUGCCGCGGUCGCCUCUUUUUCUUAUUCAUUUUAUUCAUGGAAUUUUCUUAAUGCAUUCUGUUUGUCGGUGAUCUGUAUUUCUCACGCCUCAAUUUUUUUUAAAGUUCGUAACGCUUCACACGGUUUGCACCAUAGCUCUCCUUCCAGAGACAGAAAACUGACUGUGACCCUGUUCGUUGUAACAUUUCUUUCUCUGGCCUUGUGGCUUCCCUAUGUUGUUACCUCGUUUGUCGCCUAUAAACAUGUUAUAGUCUUACCUGUUCGCUUGUUUUACUUUUUCGUUUUUCUAUUUCAUACCAACUCUCUCAUAAAUCCUCUGUUAUACCUUCUUAAAAUACCGGGGUAUAGGAGAGCUUUCAUUGGCCUUUGUAGAACACGUUGUCAACAGCAAAGACAGGGUAAAGUUUAUCCUACUAAUGGCCUAUGAUAUGGCUUGGUAAUACAUGAAUAAAUCCUUAAUUGGGCCUGAUUUUGCAUCGAAAGGGAAGAAGGAAGGAGCAUGCUUUUAACUCUUUUUCAUACUUAUUUAUUUACCCCUUGCCUAUUCUGAGUUUUCUUUUUAUUCCUGAGCCUCAGGGAAAAAAGUGUCUUAAUUUAAUUAUUUUGUGGAACAGCUGGUUACAUUUCCUUAAGUUUUUUAGAAUUUAGUCUACCGGCCGUUUUCUGAACAGAACCACGCACAAUGAUUAAAUGGGCGUUAAUAGAUUUAAAGCAUUUUUCGCCAGAAAUAAAUCUUUACCUUCAGUAACACACAUAUGAACUUGGUUAUAGAGUAUUGAUAUCAGUUACAAUAUGAUUAGGAUAGAAUUGAAGUAUACAAGGUUAUUCUAUACGCCAGAGUUUUUGUACUUAUAUUGUUUGUGUA